CGCAUAUAAUGCAUGUAUGCAUGACCCGUACUUUUAUUUUGAAACACAACUGUAACUGAACCGGAAGCACUAAUUGAAAAUGCUCACGUCACCCGGUCGAGUGCGGUAUUUUCCUGCAUGUUUACUUGUGUAAGUGGUUAGGAGGCGAAGUUUGGUGUUUGAAAGUGAAAGUUAAGUAGUUAAGCAUUCUGUUUUCUUGCGUAACGUUAUUUACAUCUAAUUUUUAUAUGAUAGCAACGGUAGCACAGUUUUGUUAAAAUUAAAAUAAAAACUGAUACAGUUCCCUAGCUAUAAGCAUUAACCAGCUUUUCAAGAAUUUAUCUGUAGUACCGUUCCUGACAGCAAAGUUUGCACCUUCAAAUCGGAGGACAGUCAUAAACUCACUAUGGUUUUGAAUCCAGUCAUAUCCAAAUUGAGUGGCAAACUUGUAGUCCUAGCAAGUGCUUCUCCAAGGAGACUGGAAAUUCUGACCAAUGUGGGAAUGCGGUUUGAAGUUGUCCCAUCAUGGUUUAAGGAGAACUUGGAUAAAGCACUGUUCAAAAAACCAUAUGAGUAUGCCGUGGAGACCGCGAAGCAGAAGGCUCUGGAGGUUGCCAAGCGGAUGCCAUUUAAGCACUUGAAGACUCCUGAUAUUGUAAUUGGAGCAGACACCAUAGUGACAGUUGGUGGUCUGAUUCUUGAAAAGCCUGUUGACAAGCAGGAUGCAUACAGGAUACUUUCUAGGUUGAAUGGUAAAGAACACAGUGUGUAUACAGGUGUGGCAAUUAUUCUGUGCCAUGAGAAAGAAGAUCAGGAAAUUGAGUACAAAGUGGUGGAUUUUUAUGAAGAGACUAAGGUAAAGUUUGCAGACUUGUCUGAAGAGAUGCUAUGGGAAUAUAUACAUAGUGGAGAGCCAAUGGACAAAGCUGGAGGUUAUGGGAUCCAGGCCCUGGGGGGGAUGUUGGUGGAACAUGUACAGGGGGACUUCCUGAAUGUGGUGGGCUUUCCCCUCAAUCACUUCUGCAAGGAGUUGGAUAAAAUCUUUAACAGCCCCAGCAGUGACACUGCAGACAGAAGAUGCACUUUAGCGGCUGAAGGGAUGGCAGGCGAGAUUCCCGAAGAUCACAGCAGUGCCGUACGCAAACGAAAUGUCGCCCAAUGUGGGUCACGUGACAGAUUUGAGUUUCCGCACAGGAUUGCUGAUCUGCUUGAUGGAUUCAAAGCUUCAAAGGCUCUGUUCACAGCUUGUAAGCUAAAAGUGUUUGACUUGCUGGCCUCUGCAGAGUACCUAAGUGCCACACAGGUAGCAGGGAACAUUUCUGGAUCUUUGAUGGGCACUGAGCGCUUGCUGGAUGCUGUUGUUUCCCUCGGUCUUCUGGAGAAGCUGAAGCUAGGAGACACUAUAGCUUACAGAAACACGGAGCAGACAAGCCGCUACCUCGUGUCCACUAGUGAGCUCGCUCUGAAUGAAUACAUUCUCUACUGCGAUGAGAGGGUCUGGCCCCUCUUCACCCACCUGGAACAAAGUGUUCUGGAGGGGGUCAGUCAGCAUGACCAUGCUUUUGGGAAGAGGUGCGAGGAACCCUCAAAGCAUGCCUGCUGCAACCACAGGGAAAAACAGCUGCAGUUUAUGAAAGCCAUGCACAGCAUGGCCAAGGUGGCCGGGAGCCACGUGGCGACUGCGUUCGACCUUUCCAGCUUCAGAACCGCUUGUGAUUUAGGAGGAUGCACUGGAGCCAUGGCCUUUGCGUUCUCUAAAGUCCACCCAGCCUUGUCAGUGAUUGUCUUCGAUUUGCCUGCUGUUGUCGAGAUGUGCGCUCACUUCCAUCCUCGUGGCCAGGACCUCAGCAGGGUCACAUUUGUUGCUGGAGAUUUCUUCAGCGAUGACCUCCCAAAGGCCGAUCUUUAUAUUUUAGCAAGAAUUCUUCAUCAUUUGCCCGCUGAGAAAGUACAUGCUUUAUUGAGUAAACUGUCGGAGAUCUGCAAACCAGGCUGUGGAGUGCUGCUUUCGGAGAUCUUCCUGGAUGAAGGUACGAGAGGACAAAGCAGCGGGAUCUUGCAAGCCCUGACUAUGACUCAGGGAGUACAGAGGAGUGCUGCUGAGUACAGUCUUCUGCUGCAGAAAUAUGGAUUUACUCAAGUCAGCAUCAAACACACUGGGAACUUCCUUGAUGCCAUCCUUGGUGUGAAACCGUGACCUAGACCCUAGGACCAACAUUCUGUCUUUAUGAAUUUGUCUGGUUUAAUUUUUUUUAAUAACUUAAUUUUUUUCCAUGGAGAUGAGUGUCAGCACUGUAAGAAAAAUUCAUAAUUACUGCUGAUUACAAAAGUGUCUAUACCAUGUUGUUUCAAUAUUUUCCAAUGUGAUCUGAUGUGGUUGUGUGUGUGUGGGUGGGUGUAUACAUUACAUUUUUCGGUUCCCCCAAGGGGAAAUUCAAUUUUAUCAAAAUUUGUGACUGGAAUAAAAAAACUAAUAAUCAGAAUCAGAAUAGAGUUUAUUGCCAAGUACAUUCACACAUACAAGGAAUUUGGAAAUACGUACAUAUUUCAGAGAGAGCAUGCUUGUACUAGGAUGGGGAAAUAGUAUUUGAGCGAAUGUCCCUGGCCUUAUUGACGAGGCGGGCCGCGGUGGAGAAGAAACUGUCCCUAUGGCGUGAUGUUUUGGUCCCAAUGGACCGCAACCUUCUGCCAGAGGGGAGAGUCCGAAGGAGUAAUUCCAAAGACUUGCAUUUUGUUUGGUUACUUAUGGUUAAGGUUAGGGCUGGGUGGGGGUUAGGGUUAUCAGAGUUGGGAUCAGGGGUUUUUGCCCAUAGAAAUUAAUGGACGGUCCCCACAAAGAUAUGAGAAAAGGUUUGUGUGUGUUGCAAUAAUGGACUGUAAUAGUAUUUUCUUAGGACAGCCUUAAAUGUUAAAAGUGAAACUUUCAUCUGAACCUCAUUUCUUUUGCCAGAUUGACUGAAUGUUAUAGAUGGUCAGAAGAUGUAAUACACCCAGGAAUUACUUCAUUCAUUAAGCCAGUGUUUCCCAAAAGAGUCCUUGGGGAACCCCGGACAGUCCACGUUUCUGCUUCCUCUCAGCUCCCAGCUACCCUGUACCAGAUAUUUGGUGUUCCUGAUUGGCUGGGAGCUGGGAGGGAGCAAAACCAUGUCCGGGGUUGCUCGAGGACUGAGUUGGGAAACAUUGGGAAAUCAUUGCUCUAAACUGAGCUGCUGCAGAGAGGGUAUUGAGAUAUCAAAGCCUGUUACUAUUCCAUGGAUUUGAUUAUAUUCCAUCUGUUUUAACUUAAAAAAAAUUAAAAUCCUGUUAAAGGUC